AUGGCGGCUGCUGCAGUCCGGUCGAGCAUGGGUCUGACUUUGAGACUUUCUCGAGUUAUACCGGACUGUAGCACAUGUCCCCUCUUCAGGCUGAAGAGCUGUGUGAGCAGUGUGGGUAAUUUACAGAGGAGCGGCUCCUUUGAUAGCUUCCGGACCAUAAAUCGACACCUGCAGACGAGUAAAGGUCUUCACCACAGCGAGGAGGGGAGCUCCACUGCAGAAGACCCAGAGGAGGAUGUGGUGAACGUGGUGUAUAUAGAUCGGUCUGGCCAGAGGAUCCCAGUCAAGGCCAAAGUGGGAGAUAAUGUCCUGUAUCUGGCUCACAAGCAUGGAAUUGAUCUAGAGGGAGCCUGUGAGGCAUCACUGGCCUGCUCGACAUGUCAGGUCUAUGUGAGUGAGGACCAUUUUGACAAACUGCCAGAACCUCUUGAGAGGGAGGAUGACAUGCUGGACAUGGCGCCCAUGCUUCAGGAGAACUCUCGGCUGGGAUGCCAGAUCAUUCUCACUCCAGAGCUGGAGGGCAUGGAGCUCACUUUGCCCAAAGUCACCAGGAACUUUUACGUGGACGGCCAUGUGCCCAAACCUCACUGAGAAGAGGAGGAGAUGAUGAGAGAUGGAGGAAAAUGAAAGGGUGGCGCUACGAGCGAGACUCCAUGUGUGCUGGUUGAAAGAGGGGUCGACCACAAAGAGAUGCACGGCUAGGAUAGUAAAGUCCGUAGCAACUCCUAAAGGCUUCUUGCCAGCUGACAAAUUCCAUAGUUAACCAAUGACAGGACAGGCCUGCAGAUGACACCAGGCAGAGUCAGACACUAUAACUGAAAAUAAUGGUUACUUCCAGAAAAAAACCUGAAGAUUUAACUGACUAUGUAUUUAUAUAUGUGGAGAGCUCUCAGGCCAGCAUCAAGAUGCCAUUCAAUCUCACAAACUGUUCUUUGUUAAAAUAGACAAUUCAAGACAAUUUGUGUUUGCGUUACACAGUGCACAGCAGGUUUUAAUUAAGUUCAUCUUUGUGCCGGUUUUUUGGAACAUUCCUUGUUACAGCUCAUAUACGCACAAGUAUCAUAAAAUUAUGUUCUUAGUCAUUUCUGCCAGUCCAUCGUCACUAAUGAAAUAUUGUAUGCAUAGCAUUUACAGCAGCAUAUGCAUAGCAUUUUUAUGCACCAAGUUCAUUUGUAGGUGUUGUGAUUGCUUAUCAAGUAGUAGCCACUGACUAUAGUUAGCCUCAUGUCAUACACGUCAUACACCUCAAAAAUGUGGUCCUCUGCAUGGUGCUGAAGCCAGGCACAGGAGAAGAAGAAGCCAUAUAUUCUAAUGAAGUGUUUUUUAAGAGACGAAAGUUGCCUGAAGCUGAAAGGGUGAGCUCUCAAAGUAAAUCAGAUUUUGCACUGUUGAAACUUACAUCUUAUUCACUAUAAACAUUGUAAAACAUUCAGGUGAAUUGUGUUUCAAGUGUCAAAUGGAAAAUAACACUUUAAAGCACCUUCUGCCAGUGAUUAAGGUUUGAUUAGUGUAUGUGGUUCAGGUGUGCUUUGAGCCGGAGCAGAACAGAGGUGGAGAAGUUUUGAAGCUGCUGGGCUUCAUGUUACCAUGGAAUAAGUUUACCACAUCUACCCUUUACUUAAGUCUACUGUACUUGUCCUUAUGCACAAAUGUGAAGUCAGUUGUGUAUACCAUGUCUCAAUAUUUCAAAUAUUUAAAGU